AUGGGGGUUGCUGAAAGGCCAGCCUUGUCUUGGGAUGUAUCCAGAACAGCCAUUGCUAACCUUCCAGCCAAAGGACUGGAAAGUCUUAAAGAACUAAUGGCCAAAAAUACAUGGACUUUAAAGAAAUUACCAGCUGUAAAGAUAUUUCUUCAGCUAAUGCGAGCUGACCUAUCAUAUCCAAGUCACUGCUGUGCUUUUAAGAACUGGAAAAAAACCAGUGGAAUCCUGGAGUACCUGAUGUGUAACCAGAGCAGCACUCACAGCUUCCGUAAGCGAAGAUCAGUCAAAGCUCUCACAGGUCCAUUUUACAAAGAUUAUGCAGAAGAAUACACAGACCACACCGAUACUAUGUAUGACAAAAACACCAAGUUCACGAAUUUUCAUGACAAUCCCCAUUACUACAUUUUUUUGGAAGAGCACAGAGAAGGAAAUCUUGGGUUUGGCCAAGAGCUCAAGAACCCUCAAAUGGAAGAAGUCCAGACCUUUGACAGUCAUUAUGACUAUCCUGUCUGCGGAGGGAAUGAAGACGUAAUAUGCACUCCAGAGCCCGAUGAGUUUAAUCCCUGUGAGGAUAUAAUGGGAUAUCAAUUUCUCAGGAUCGUGGUUUGGUUUGUGAACCUGCUGGCCAUCCUAGGUAACAUUUUUGUCCUUUUCAUCCUUCUCACCAGCCAUUAUAAACUGAGCGUACCACGCUUUCUGAUGUGUAACCUAGCCUUUGCUGAUUUUUGCAUGGGGUUAUACCUCCUCCUGAUUGCUUCAGUGGAUCUCUACACCAGGUCAGAGUACUAUAACCACGCUAUUGAGUGGCAGACCGGGCCUGGUUGCAACACAGCUGGCUUUUUCACGGUCUUUGCUAGUGAACUUUCUGUAUACACACUGACUGUGAUCACCCUGGAGCGCUGGUACGCCAUCACAUUUGCCAUGCGCCCAGAUCGAAAGAUUCGCCUCCGGCACGCCUUGGUUAUCAUGCUGGGAGGGUGGCUUUCCUGCUUUCUUCUUGCCCUUUUGCCACUGGUUGGUGUCAGCAGCUAUAGCAAAGUCAGCAUCUGCUUGCCUAUGGACACUGAAACACCAGUGGCUGAAGCCUAUGUUGUCUUCGUUCUAAUAUGUAACAUUAUUGCUUUUGUCAUCAUCUGUGCCUGCUACAUAAAAAUCUAUGUAACUGUGCGAAACCCUCAGUACAAGUCAGGAGACAAGGACACCAAAAUUGCCAAGCGGAUGGCUGUGUUGAUUUUCACAGACUUUCUGUGCAUGGCUCCCAUCUCUUUCCAUGCUUUAUCUGCCAUUGUGAACAAACCAUUGAUAACUGUCACCAAUUCCAAGAUUUUGCUGGUACUCUUCUACCCACUCAAUUCCUGUGCCAACCCCUUUCUUUAUGCUAUUUUCACCAAAGCUUUCCGAAGAGAUGUGUUUAUCCUGCUAAGCAAGUUUGGUCUAUGUGAGCAUCAAGCUCAAGUCUACAGAGGUCAGACGAUCUCAGUCAAAAACAGCAGUGGCUCUUACGGGCAGAGAGCCAGCCGAGGGGUAGGUCAGAUUCUUACAAGCAUUCCAGACCCGGUCAAUGAUUACCCUCCCACCAUGACAACGCAGAACCAGAUUCUCAUGGAAGAAUGCAAGCAGACGGAGCUGUGA